AUGAUUGAACUCUAUUCAUCUCCAACUUCAAAUGGUCUUAAAAUCACAAUACUGUUAGAAGUACUUGGUCUAGAGUAUAACUAUCAUUCUAUAGAUCUUGAAAGAAAGCAAAAUCAUGAACCUUGGUUUUUAGAAUUAAACCCAAGUGGGACAAUCCCUGUGAUUAAAGAUACCAGUAAAUCACCAACCAAAAUCUUUUCGGAAUCAAUUACAAUUAUCCAGUAUCUAGCCGAUGAAUAUGAUAUAAGGAGACAGUUUUCAUAUUCCCAUAAUCAUCCCCUUUGGCUUGAACAAUUACAAUGGUUGAUGUGGCAUGCUGCAUCUCAUGAACCCAUACAAUAUCAAUUACAUCUAUAUAAAACUUUUUUACCUUCACCAAAAACUUCUCAAGGAAUCAAAGAUUUUGAUUAUUGCUCUGAUAUGUUUGAGAAUAAGACAAGACAAUUAUUUGACGUGAUGAACAAUCGAUUAAAACAUAAUAACGGUUGGUUUGUGGGUAAUUGUUUGAAUAUUGUUGAUAUUGUGAUAUUCCCUUGGAUCAAAAGAGCAUAUGCAGGUGGAUUAGGUGAAUUGGAUGAUUGGGAUGAAUUGAAGAAAUGGAGAUCUAAGCUUGAUGGUAUUGAUAGUUUUAAAAGAGGUCAAUUAAUCGGUGUUGAAUAA